AGCUACCCGAAACAGAGCAACGACAUAUCGCGUCUUGAGUCGCUGUUGAGCGUUGUUGAUACGCGGGAAGAGGCGUGAGAGACUAUCGCGGUUUUUCUUUGCUUUCGGAGCGUUUGGGAAAGGUUGUCAUCGCGCCGCUGCAACUAUGUCGGGGAAGACGCCAGCCAUAGGCAUCGACCUGGGCACCACGUACUCCUGCGUGGGGGUUUUCCAGCACGGGAAAGUGGAGAUCAUCGCCAACGACCAAGGCAACCGCACCACUCCCAGCUAUGUGGCCUUCACGGACACCGAGCGCCUCAUCGGAGAUGCAGCCAAGAACCAGGUGGCGAUGAAUCCCAACAACACCAUCUUCGAUGCCAAGCGCCUCAUCGGCCGCAAAUUCGACGAUCCCACCGUGCAGUCCGAUAUGAAACACUGGCCUUUCCGUGUGGUGAGUGAAGGCGGGAAGCCCAAGGUGCAGGUCGAGUACAAGGGAGAGCACAAGACCUUCUUCCCUGAGGAGAUUUCUUCCAUGGUGCUGACAAAGAUGAAAGAAAUUGCCGAGGCUUAUCUGGGACGCAAAGUCCAGAGUGCUGUCAUCACCGUGCCUGCCUACUUCAAUGACUCCCAGCGCCAAGCCACCAAGGAUGCUGGCACCAUCACGGGCCUCAACGUCCUGCGCAUCAUUAAUGAGCCCACUGCUGCUGCCAUUGCCUAUGGUUUGGAUAAGAAAGGCAGUAGAGCUGGUGAGAAGAAUGUACUGAUCUUUGACUUGGGUGGUGGCACCUUUGAUGUCUCGAUCUUGACCAUUGAAGAUGGCAUCUUUGAGGUGAAAUCUACAGCAGGUGAUACUCACCUGGGUGGCGAGGACUUUGACAACCGCAUGGUGAGCCACUUUGUGGAGGAGUUCAAGCGCAAGCAUAAGCGUGACAUUGCUGGCAACAAGAGGGCAGUUCGACGGCUCCGUACAGCCUGUGAAAGGGCCAAGCGUACCCUCAGCUCCUCCACCCAAGCUUCUAUUGAGAUUGACUCCUUGUUUGAUGGCAUUGACUUCUACACAUCCAUCACCCGUGCCCGCUUUGAGGAACUCAAUGCUGAUCUUUUCCGUGGCACCCUUGAGCCUGUGGAGAAGGCCCUGCGUGAUGCCAAGCUCGACAAAGGGCAGAUCAAUGAGAUUGUGUUGGUUGGCGGCUCCACCCGUAUCCCUAAGAUCCAGAAGUUGCUACAGGACUUCUUCAAUGGCAAAGAGCUCAACAAAAGUAUCAACCCUGAUGAAGCUGUGGCUUACGGUGCUGCUGUGCAGGCUGCAAUCCUGAUGGGUGACAAGUCUGAGAAUGUGCAAGACCUUCUGCUCCUUGAUGUCGCACCACUGUCACUGGGCAUUGAGACGGCUGGUGGUGUGAUGACUGCCUUGAUUAAACGCAACACUACUAUUCCUACAAAGCAGACCCAGACCUUCACCACCUAUUCAGACAACCAGAACAGUGUGCUGGUGCAGGUGUAUGAGGGUGAACGAGCCAUGACUAAGGACAAUAACUUGCUAGGCAAGUUUGACCUAACAGGUAUUCCACCAGCACCCCGUGGUGUGCCACAAAUCGAAGUCACUUUUGACAUUGAUGCAAAUGGCAUUCUUAACGUCACAGCAGUGGACAAAAGCACAGGCAAAGAGAACAAGAUUACAAUUACUAAUGACAAGGGCCGCCUCAGUAAAGAUGACAUUGACCGCAUGGUGCAAGAAGCUGAGCGUUACAAGGCGGAGGAUGAGGCCAACCGGGAACGGGUGGUUGCCAAGAAUUCCCUGGAAUCCUAUUCCUACAACAUCAAGCAGACUGUUGAAGAUGAAAAGCUGAAAGGCAAGAUCAGUGAGCAAGACAAGCAGCGGAUACUUGAGAAGUGCCAGGAGGUGAUCAGCUGGCUCGAUCGAAACCAGAUGGCUGAGAAGGAUGAGUACGAGCACAAGCAGAAGGAGCUGGAGAAGCUGUGCAACCCCAUCAUUACCAAAUUGUACCAGGGUGCCGGAGCAGCGGGUGCAGGUGGUGCUCCAGGUGCCGGGCCAACCAUUGAAGAAGUGGAUUAAGCUACCAUAGACUGGACUUUAAGUGUAACUGUCACUUGCUGUUAUUGUUUUCUCUAUUCAGUCAGUGUCAUUGCUGGAGGGAAUUUCCUGGGGUGGGUGUGGGUGUGGGAGAGGUGUUAGUUUCUGCUUCACCAAGGGAUGCCAGCUUAAAC